CCGGUGCCCCCCAUAUAUAUGGCGCGCCAGCGCCGUCGUCUCGCCGCUCGACCGAUCGGCGAUCGCCAUCCAUGGCGCCGGAACGGUGGGCGCUGUGCCGCUGUGGCUGGGUGCUGAUGACGACCAUGGCCCUUGCCGCGGCCGCUCUCCCCGGCGCGAGAGGGAGCUCCUCGGGCUCGGCGGCCGCCACCGCCGCGGGCUGCGACCUGUUCCAGGGGAGGUGGGUGGCGGACAAGUCGUACCCGCUGUACGACGCGUCGGCGUGCCCGUUCGUGCCAGACGUCUUCGACUGCCGCCGCAACGGCCGCCCCGACAACGCGUACCUCAAGUUCCGGUGGAGCCCGGCCAACUGCCAGCUGCCCAGGUUCGACGGCGCGGAUUUCCUGCGGCGGUGGCGCGGGAAGACGGUGAUGUUCGUGGGGGACUCGCUGAGCAUGAACCAGUGGGUGUCCCUCGCCUGCCUGCUCCACGCCGCCGCGCCGGCUCCCGUCCGCGCCACCCUGACCGCCGGCGAGCCCGUCUCCUCCGUGCGCUUCGAGGACUACGACCUGCAGGUGGUGCUGUACCACACGGCGUUCCUGGUGGACGUGGUGCAGGAGGACGCCGGCCGGGUGCUCAAGCUCGACUCCAUGCGCAACGCCACCGCCUGGCUCGCCGCGCACCUGCUCGUCUUCAACACCUGGCACUGGUGGACCUACAGGGGCGCCAGCCAAGUGUGGGACUUCGUGCAGGACGGGAACAGCACGUACCGGGACAUGGACCGGCUCACGGCCUUCUCCAAGGGCCUCUCCACAUGGGCGCACUGGGUGGACGCCAACGUCGACGCGUCCAGUACCAGGGUCUUCUUCCAGGGCAUCUCCCCCAGCCACUACAUGUCGAAGCAGCAGGAGGGCGAGGCCGGCGCGGCGGCGAGGGCGAGGACGGCGACCGGGGGAGGCGGCGGCGGCAGCUGCCUGAAGCAGACGCGGCCGCUGCAGGAGGCCACGGACGCCGCGGCGGGCGGGGGCACGGCGCCGGAGCAGGGCGUGGUGCGGGGCGUGAUCGGCGCCAUGGCGUCGCCGGUGGCGCUGCUGGACAUCACGGCGCUGUCGCAGCUCAGGAUCGACGCGCACCCGUCCGUGUACGCCGGGCCGGGGCGGGACGGCAUGGACUGCACGCACUGGUGCAUCGCGGGGCUCCCCGACGCGUGGAACCAGAUCAUGUACGCCAUGCUCCUCCGGCAGCACCAGGGAUGAGACAGAUCAGACGACGACGCGCUUGAUCGCGGAUGGUGAAUUGAUUUCUGAUUUAUUAUUUGUAACCCACUCGGCAUUUGUUUAGGUGUUGCUAGUCUCUCACUCUCUGGGAGAACACUAAUGUUGUGCGCAAUUCUUCUAGCUAGGGUGAUGGGAGUGGAACCUGAAACUGCAAAUUGCAGUGUGGCGUGAUGAUAGGUUUAGCUGACGGGCUGUUUCAGACUUAUAAUAAAUAAAAAAGGAUUUG